GCUAAAUUUCUGCAUUAAGCGAGUGUUUACAAGUUGGUGAAAUCUAGUUGCACAUAACCUCGAAUAUUUUUUCAGUUUGUAUCGUGCGAAUUCACAGUGAAUACUCAAAAUCAAGUGAGUGAUGGGUAGCAGAGUAGAUACAAUUAGUGUUAAGGAAGAGCCGAAAGAUUCUUGGCCAGCUGCCAGCGACGAUUUGUGUGACCCUCCAUUCGAUUUUGUAGACUAUUGCGACAUCAAAAACAUUGAAACUCUUCAGUUUCAUAAAUCAUCAACAAGUCACAUAAAUGAGACUGUAGCGUUACAGGAAAAGAUAGAUGAAAAAAUAUUCGUCGAUUUUGAGUGUGAAAAUGUUAAACUUGAACCUAAGUCUCCAUCGGCCACCAUUUGCAAAACUGAAUAUCAGAAUAAUCCACCUAUCGUGAAAGUAGAAGAUCAAAUUCAGACCAAUUACUCUAAUGAAUGUGAGGAGAAAAAAAUAUUUAGAAAAAAACCUCAAACCAAAUUAUCUUAUGAGUGCAAAAUGUGUCAAAAAUUUUACACAGUCAAGUCGAGUUUAAAUGCACGUAUCAACUCGGCACAUAAGGGCAUUGAAUAUAAAUGUGAAAUUUUCCCCAAGUCGUUUGCAUACAAAGCUAGUCUCAAAACUCACAUAAAUACAUUACAUAAUGAGAACGAACUCUUUGAAUGUGACAUUUGUCACGAAUCAUUUGGAAAAGAAUCACAUCUCAAAACUCACAUAAAUUCAGUACAUAAUCGUAUCAAAUCCUUUGAGUGCGACAUUUGUUACAAAUCAUUUGGACUAAAAGAAAGACUUAAAACUCAUAUAAUUACAGUACAUGAUCGUAGCCAACCCUUCGAAUGUGAAAUUUGUCACAAAUCAUUUGGACUCAACUCUAACCUUCAGCGUCACAUUAAAGCAGUACAUGAUCGAAGCAAACCCUUCGAAUGUGAAAUUUGUCACAAAUCAUUUGGGCUAAAACCAAACCUUAAACGACACGUGAUCGAAGUACAUGAUCGUAGCAAACCCUUUGAAUGUGAGAUUUGUUUUAAAUUAUUUGGAGAAAAAGGUAAACUCAAAAGGCACAUUAUGACACUUCAUUAUCGUAGCAAACCUUUUAACUGUGAGAUUUGUCACAGGUCAUUUGGAGAAAAAGGUACCCUCAAAAAUCAUAUAAACAGUGUACAUAAUCAGAAAAAACCCUUUGAAUGUGAUAUUUGUCAGAAAGCAUUUGGGCGAAAAAGUCACCUCAAAAUUCACAUAAAUUCAGUACAUUAUCGUAACCUCAGAACUCACAUUCAUGUAGUACAUAAUCGAAGCAAACCCUAGGAGAGUGAGAUUUGUUCAUAGACAUUCGGAUAUAAUGAAGUUUUAUACA